AUGGCCGAUCUAAGCCAGCUCCCCCCGACGGCCACGGCCAAAGCAGAAUACACCAAGCCACCGGCAGCUGAUGAUCCAUAUUCAUAUACGACUGGAUUUGGUAAUCGUUUCAUCAGCGAGGCACUACCGGGUGUCAUUUCCUGGUCACAAAAUACACCUCAGCGAGUCAAGUAUGGCCUCUACUCAGAGCAGCUGAAUGGAUCUGCUGUCAAUUCCAAGCGCACCGAUGUUCGUCACGUCUGGUUGUACCGAAUUCGUCCCUCGGUAGCACAUGGCCCCGUACGCCUCGAUCCCAGUAUCAAUGAACAUAUUGAGUCCUCUUUCCUCUCCCCCAACCCCAAAGUUGAGUCAUGUGCCGCUCAGCAAGCCUGGGAUCCUUUCCCUGUUCCUGAUGCGACCGGCGGCACCAAGUCAAUCAAUUUUGUCCAAGGCAUUCGCACCAUCGGCGGCAAAGGAGACGCCAGUCUUGAGGAAGGCCUCGCUAUCCACACAUACUCGGCAAAUGCCGACAUGGACAGACAAGCGUUUUGCAACAACGACGGAGAGAUGCUCAUUCUUCCUCAGCAAGGUCGCCUGGAUGUACACACUGAGCUAGGCCCACUCAUGGUUCGUCCAGGAGAGGUCUUCCUUAUGCCCAGUGGGAUGCGAUUCAGUAUCAAGCUGCCUGAUGGCCCUUCGCGUGGCUACAUUCACGAGGUUUUCGCUGCCCGCCACGAUCUUCCCGAGCGCGGCGUUAUCGGACCCAACGGCAUGUCUAUGGAACGAAACUUUUGCGCUCCUCUAGCUCGCUACGAUAUUGACGAAAAUCCUUGGACAAUCAUACACAAACUUGACGGUUCUCUACAUAAGUGCGAGCAAAAGCACACUCCGUUUGACGUUGUCGCAUGGCACGGAAAUCACGUCCCCAUCAAAUACAAUCUCAACGAGUUCGUCAACUUGGUAAACUCGACAAAGGACCAAGCUGAUCCAACAUUAUACACUGUCCUUACCGUCAAAUCGAACAAGAAAGACACUCCUUUGAGUGAGUUCUUAAUCUUCACCGAGAAAUGGAUUACCGCCGAAGGCACGUUUCGCCCUCCCUACUAUCACCGCAACAUGAGUACCGAAAUCAUGGGCCUCGUCUUUGGCGAGUAUGGAGGCAGCAGUCACGUACUCGCGCCAGGUGGCCUCAGCUACGAGGCGGCUUAUAUGCCCCACGGCGAGACGUAUGAAACUUGGCAAGCUGCCACCGAACGAGAGCUUGAGCCGACCAAAAUUUGCAAAGGCACAAUGGCCUUCAUGUUUCACGUCGGCGGUCCUGUCAAGCUGACUAGAUGGGCCUUGCACGGCCAAGGCGCCGAAUCUCUGCAUCCUAGCGAUCCAGCGCAGUGGGAUAGCGUAAGGCCUGGUUUCUUCGAUCAUGCAGAAGAAGUUGCUGCCGACAUAGCAAAGCAAUAG